GGCACCACGCUCGUUGACCUACGGUAAUCUUCUGCUGGAAGCCCCGAGUUUCUGUUCGUUUUGCAGCAGGACUCUUUCUGACGACCGGUUUUCACCACAUUCUCAUUCGUUCAUUCAUUUUUUUCUUGUUGAGCCUUUUUCCGACAAGGCCGUUUGAAUUUAUCACACUCGUUCAGUGCUCUUUCAAGCACAGCUUAGCUCAUUAUGGUCACCACGAAGACCGCUCUCAUCCUCUCGGCACUUUUCGCCCAUGGCGUCUUUGCGAAUAUCCCUUUCCCCGAUCCCUAUAUCGAGUGCGAUCCUGGGGCUGCGGAGGAAAAGUGUUUGAGGGGACAAUACUGCAGUGAAGAGGAUGAACUUUGCAAAAGUCCUGCCCCUCAUGAACUCUUCCGUCGUAUUGCUCGUCCCAAUCCUAUCCCUGCUCCCGGUGAUUUCUCUGUUGAUGGGAGGUGUGGGCCUGCCAACGGCGGUUUGAUCUGUAACCCGAACUCUCCCAAUUAUGUUGGAGGUUGUUGCUCACAAGCUGGAUGGUGCGGAAACACCCCUGCAUACUGUGGCGCCGGGUGCAUUUCUGGAUGUACAAGUACUUCAGCGGGUGGCGGUACUCCUGCUCCGACUGGUGGCGCUGCUCGCCCUGAUGGCCGUUGCGGAACGGAAUUUGGUGGCGCUACUUGUGCUGGUUCUGCUUUUGGAACUUGUUGCAGUCAGUACGGGUGGUGCGGCACCGGAGAUGCAUACUGUCUUCCAGCCAAUGGAUGUCAGAGUGGGUGCACUGGCACCACUCCUACCACUUCUACCCCUCCUUCUGUCCCUCCUGCCACUGCCCCGACAACUACCAGCAGCACUGGUGAGCCGGUUUUGGGGGCACCUUCUUCCACCGGUGUCAACCCCAACCCCACUGGCAUUCCUACCACUGAUGGUACUUGCGGUGCCACUAAUGCUGGAAGAACCUGCGUUGGUUGGGACAAGGGAGAAUGUUGUUCGAUGUAUGGUUUCUGCGGUAAUACUGAUGCUCACUGUGGUGAUGGAUGUCAAUCUGGUCCUUGUAAGGCUGGUGGAUCUCCGCCGGCUCCUGGGGCAUCGCCGGCUCCUAUUACCAAUGGAGGAGAAUUUACGAUUAUUGGUCAAUCGGGUGUUCCUGCCAUGCACGCUGGUCUUCUUCCUAACGGUCGUGCCAUCUUCUUGGACAAGGUCGAGAAUUACACUCAAUUGAAGCUUCCUAACGGCCAAUUCGCUUACUCUUCUGAGUACAAUCCUGAUGACAACACUGUUGUUCCAUUGGCUUACAAUACCAAUGCCUUCUGCGCCGGAGGUAUCUUCCUUGCGAAUGGAGAUUUUGUUUCGCUUGGUGGCAAUGCACCACUGGAUUUCAUUGACCCUACAGUUACCAAUGGCUUCGACGCUAUUCGUUACAUCACCCGCUCCUCGAGUGACGCCUCUUUCAACGGUCAAAACUGGCGCGAGCCUGGAAACAAGUUGGCUAGCAACAGGUGGUAUGCUUCGGCUCAGAUUCUUGCCGACGGGAGAAUAUUUGUUGCCUCUGGAAGUUUGAAUGGACUGGAUCCUACAGUUCCUGCAAACAACAACCCCACAUAUGAAAUAUUGAGUGCUGCUGGUGUCAGUAACGGAGUCAAUGUCCCUAUGGAUAUCUUGGUUGCUCACCAACCUUACUAUAUGUAUCCUUUCAUGCAUCUUCUCAAGAACGGAGAGUUGUUUGUCUUCACCGCCAAGUCAUCACAAAUCUUCAACAUUGGUACCAACUCUAUCACCCGCCAAAUGCCCGAUUUGCCGGGAGAUUUCCGCACAUAUCCCAACACCGGUGGUAGCGUCAUGUUUCCUCUUACCAGCGCCAAUGGAUGGAACACCAAGGUCAUGAUUUGUGGUGGUGGUCCUUAUCAAGAUAUUACCGCCCCUACUGAUCCCAGCUGCGGCGUUAUUGCGCCCGAGGAUGCAAACCCUACCUGGGAGAUGGAUGCCAUGCCUGAAGGACGUGGUAUGGUCGAGGGUGUCUUGCUUCCUGAUGGAUCUGUCCUAUGGCUCAAUGGUGCCAACCGUGGUGCUCAGGGAUUCGAGCUUGCUACCAACCCAACCCUUGCCGCCCUCCUUUAUGAACCUACCAAGGCAAAGGGAGCACGCUGGACGCAACUUGCCUCUUCCACUAUUCCUAGGCUGUAUCACUCAGUUGCUCUCUUGUUGCUUGAUGGUACCGUUCUCGUCACCGGUAGCAACCCGCAUGAAAUGCCAAUCCUGGAAACAAGGCCUGGAGUUGCCUUCAUUACUGAUUUCCGUGUCGAGAGGUUCACACCUCCUUAUCUUCAGGGUGCCAAGGCCACUCAGCGUCCGUCCGCGAUGGCCCUCUCGACUAAGAAUCUUCCGGCCAACGGGUCUACUUUCACCAUCUCAUUCAAUGCUGCUACCACUACCCAGGGCAUUAAGGUCGCCCUUUACUAUGGUGGCUUCGUUACCCAUUCUGUUCACAUGGGUCACCGCAUGCUCUUCCUCGACAAUACUGGCUUCGUCGCUGGCACUGCAGCUCAAACUAUUACCGUCACAAUGCCCCCUAACAAGAAUGUGGUGCCUCCUGGGCCCUAUGUUGUCUACGUUGUUGCAGAUGGAACUCCAUCCGUCGGUCAAUUCGUGACUGUUGUCUAGGUUUUUUAGAGGGAAAUGCAAAUGGUGGUUCUGUUAGUAAUAGUUAAUUUUUUUCCUCCAUGAACCAAUCCUCCAUGAGUUAGCUGUAUACUUUUUCUAUUUCUAUAUCCAUUUUUUUGUAGUUGGCUUGGUUUCUCUAUGCGGUGCAUUUUGUACAGCCAUGCUUAGGUCGGUCGUCGUCUAUGGAGGGCGAUUCAGGAGAUGGGGGAUAGAUUUUAUAUUACGAAUUCAAAGAGUCCUUAA